GACUUGCUUCUAUGCUUUAUAUACCAAAUACUCAUUUAUCUUGUGUCUUUCUUCAAAUUCUCUCUUGAUCUUCUCUUACUACACAUCUCAACAUCAUGGGAAACUUCGCUGCAAAUGAAGGACUAUCCAUUUUUGUUAUCCUUGUGUGGCUCGGCAUCAAUGCGUUUCUCUUUGUACAUUUUUAUAUGGAAUUUUUAAUUGACAGAUACUACUAUUCUAGAGUCAUACUUGGGCACGCUCUCUCCUGGGCCAGAGCUCCAGCUGCAUGUCUGAAUUUCAACUGCAUGUUGAUCCUGCUGCCCGUCUGCAGAAACCUGCUCUCAUUCCUACGCGGAUCCAUACAGUGCUGUAGCCGCACUGCAGCCCGUCAGCUAGACAGAAACAUCACUUUCCACAAACUGGUGGCCUACAUGAUUGCCUUCCACACAGCCAUCCACAUCAUAGCUCACCUGUUUAACUUUGAGAGAUUCAUGGAUUCCCAGCUUAUGAUCAACAGCAGUUACCUGCCUUACGUGCUCUCUCAAAUUGGCAACAACGGCAACAGAUCCUAUCUGAACCCCAUUAGAACCAAUGAGACGAACCCAACCAUAGUGAUGUUCACAUCUAUAGCGGGACUGACGGGGGUGGUCAUCACCCUCGCCCUCAUCCUCAUCAUCACUUCCUCCAUGGAGGUCAUCAGAAGGUCGUAUUUCGAGGUGUUCUGGUUCACACAUCACCUGUUCAUCGUCUUUUUCAUUGGUUUGGUGCUUCAUGGAGUUGGGCGUAUUGUGCGAGGCCAGACUCUUGAAAGUACAAAAGUGCACAACCCUAUUAAAUGUCACAGCCAGUUUGAGACCUGGGGUCAAAACGGCACCAACUGCCCUGAACCUGUCUUUGCUGGGAACGCCCCGAUGACGUGGAAGUGGGUGGUUGGCCCCAUGUUUCUAUACGUCUGCGAGAGACUGGUGCGCUUCUAUCGCUCACAGCAGAAAGUGGUGGUCACCAAGGUAGUGAUGCACCCCUCCAAAACCCUCGAACUGCAGAUGAAGAAGAAGGGCUUUAAGAUGGAGGUCGGACAGUAUGUUUUCAUCCAGUGCCCGUCGAUCUCUCAGUUGGAGUGGCAUCCCUUCACCCUGACCUCUGCCCCGGAGGAAGACCACCUUAGCGUGCAUAUCCGAAUUGUAGGGGAUUGGACACAAGCCCUUUAUACGGCCUGUGGAGGGGACAAGACUGUGGUGCUGGAUGCUUGGACACUACCGAAGAUGGCUUUGGAUGGGCCGUUUGGGACGGCCAGUGAAGAUGUCUUUCGUUAUGAAGUUGUGAUGCUGGUUGGCGCCGGUAUUGGUGUGACACCUUUCGCUUCUGUUCUGAAGUCUGUGUGGUACAAACACGUCCAGGAGAACAAAAACGUCUUCACCAAAAAGAUCUAUUUCUAUUGGCUGUGUCCGGAGACACAGGCUUUUGAAUGGUUCGCAGACCUUCUGCAGAGUUUGGAAAGACAGAUGACAGAGAAAAACAUGAGCGAUUUCCUCAGUUACAACAUCUAUCUCACACGCUGGAAAGACGCUGAGGCGGCCCACCUUAGGGUUCAAUAUGAGGCGGAGGAUGAUCCUAUCACUGGGCUUAAGCAGAAGACUCGGUAUGGUAAACCCAACUGGGACAAUGAGUUCAGUGCCAUCGCUACCCAACACCCAGGUUCAAAAGUUGGCGUUUUCCUGUGUGGUCCCACGGCACUGGCCACAGCUCUGGGGAAGCAGUGUCAUUCACACACAGAAUCUGGAGCUGAAUUUAUAUUCAACAAAGAAAACUUCUGAUGUGCUUCACCACCAUUUGGACAACUCAUGUGUAUCAGAACCUAUGGAUGCUGAUUAACACAUUUUAAAUCG